UCUCCUCAUCCAGUGCCGACAAAACAGUAACAACCGCUCGACUUCAUUGACCUGUCUACCUAUUCACGUCCUCACCUGCCCUCCGUACCCCAUCAUCCAGCUCUAGGCAACCAUGUCCAACCGCGCUGUCACCAUCCUCGGAGGCACUGUCCUCGCAGGAGCUGGCUACUACCUGUACACCGCUGGCGGUGACCCAAAGGUUGCACAGAAGCAAGUCGAAGCCGACGCCGCAAAGGCUUCUCGCGAAGUAAAGUCGCAUCUGCCUGGCUCGCCCAAGGAAGCGAAGAAGGAUGCAGAGCUCUACGGUGAGCAAGCCCAGAGCAAGUUCAACCAGCUCGUCCGAGACGGCAAGCAAGAGGCGUCAAAGGUGGACGCGAAGCUGGAAGAAUACCGCAAAGAUGCCCAGAGCACGCUGAACAGCGCAGCCAAGGACGCGCAGGCGAACGCGAACAAGGCGAUCGACCAGUUCGAUCAGAAGGUUACCGAGGGCGCCAGCAAGGCCAAGAGCGGUAUCUCGAGCUGGUUCGGUGGCAAGUAAAUGCCUGCGAAGAUGACGGAUUUACGACGACGACGAAGUCAAUGUACCAGCACAUACGAUUAAUACCAGCUUCUUGAUCUUCUUACAUCGUAUUCUCUCAUGUUCCGCACAUUACUGCUGCCGACCGGCAUAUCUCCCUCGACAACACCCAGUCUGUGCACGAGAUGUGACGGGACCGAGAUAUCUAUGACCCUCGCCGCAGACAUCAAGUUGCAGGAAUCGGGCAGCACUCACGC